AUGCAUUGUAAGAAUGAAGAAAAUGAAUGGCAGGCUGUGUUGGAAAAUGAGACCUGGAAGUUACAACAUACAGAAAAUAAAAUCAUACCAGAGCUAUGGCUAAGCUAUGUUGAUUUGCCUACUCAUUUAAAGAAAUGUUUUGCCUUUUGCGCCAUAUUCCCUAAGGAUCACAAAAUUGAGGAAGAGAAGCUGAUUCAAUUUUGGAUGGCUCAUGGGUUCAUUCCAUCUCAAAAAGGAAAUGAUAUGGAAGAUGAAGGGCGAGAGAUUUUCACUGAAUUGACAAGGAGAUCUCUUUUACAAUAUCGUUAUUAUCGUCGUGCAAGUACAAUUGGAAGAGUGUGUAAGAUGCAUGAUCUCAUCCAUGAUCUGGCACACUUUGUUAUGGAGAAUGAAUGCUUCACAUCGAUGAAAAGCAGUGUGCCCAACAAAAUCCCAAUACGGCCACGUCAUUUGAAUUUAUAUGCUGAUAUAAAUUAUAACCAAGGUGAUUGCUCCAUCAUCCAUAGUGUGUUACAUUGCCGAAGAGACUAUAGUUUGUUGUCAAAGCUGAAGUUGGUGAGAGUGCUCGACUUGAGUCAUGCAUACAUUGAUGAGUUGCCUGCAUCGAUAGAGCAUUUGCACCAUCUAAGAUAUCUUGAUAUUUCUGAUACUGAUAUUAGGAAGCUACCAGAGUCCAUUUGUAUGUUGGUUAAUCUGCAGAUGUUGAAUCUCAAUGGUUGUGAAAGACUUUCUGAGCUUCCCAAGAGCAUAAGAUACAUGAAGAGUCUUAGACACCUUCUUUUUUAUUACUGUCCGCAGUUCAAGACAUUCCCUGCUGGUUUGAGUCGAUUAUGCGACUUUGAAAAACGCUAA